ACCCCCCCAUCCCCUCGCAUCACCACCACCACUGCCUGCCACCGUCUCUGCGAUCCUGCGCUCCCUCACCGGCUUCACUCGUCUUUCCUCUCACUGAUCGUCCCUCUCGGUGUUUCAGCGGAGGAGCUGCACGCGCGAUUGCGCUAUUGAUACCCACUUUACACUGUGUUUGUGGAAAGCCGGCCUCUCUCUCUCCCUCGCUCUCUGUGUCCUCCUCUCUGGCUGCGCUUUGGUAACCUAACAGGGAGGUGUUAACUACUUUUGCUUCCACAAAGCGCCUCCCGUUAUCUCCGGUGCUGCUGCGCAAGAGCCAGAAGGGCAACUGCUACUGAUAUUCCCACUUGGCAGAAAAGUUUUCCGUUUGUUGUGAGGAUAAAAAAAGAAGCCGGAAACCGAGGAGUCGUCUGCAGAAGAAGCGGAUUGUACCACCGCGAGUUUGGCGACCACAUGAAGAUGAGAAACCAGCUUUGACGACCUACGGAUGUCCACCUUCCCCGGACCAUUCGGCUUCGGCAACACAUCCAACACACUCUUCAAGAGGGAGGUUUUUACAGCUUAUUACCCAGGAGGAAAAACUUUAUCUUGACCAUUUCUUGUAUUUAUCAUUUGGACUGAAGUGGUCCAAACUGUGAAGCCUGUUAAGGACAGAACACCAAACGGCACUUACUUGGCAAAGAAUGAUCUGGACUGUGAUGAUCUGAUUUCAAGUGAAUUUGGCUGGAAACAGAUCUCACUUUAGUUCCACUGAAGAGAAAUGAACUGCAUUCAAGCUAAACUGAACUGACAUUGACUGACACUUUCUUCAAGAAUCCUCACCUUCCAUACAAACGGCUCUUUUCUGAGCCCCUUCCCUCAAAACGCCCAAUUCUUUAAGUCUCCAAACUAAAUUCCCUCAAUUCCUCAGACCCUUUCCAAGGGUCUCCGACAUUGUCUCACAUCUUAUUGAGGAGGAAUCAUCUCCUCCUCCUCCUAAAAUCCUUACGACCUCUCUCUUCUGUCCAAACAUGGACCUCCAUAGGGCAGCAUUCAAGAUGGAGAGCUCCUCCUACCUGCCCAAUCCCCUAGCCUCCCCAGCUCUCAUGGUCCUGGCCUCUACUGCUGAAGCCUCUCGAGAUGCCUCGAUUCCCUGCCAGCAGCCACGUCCAUUUGGCGUCCCAGUCUCUGUCGAGAAAGAUGUCCAUUUGCCAUUUAACAAUGGUUCUUACACUUUUGCAUCAAUGUACCAUCGUCAAGGUGCAGUCCCACCAGGAUUCCCUAACAGGGAUUUUCCUCCAUCCCUCCUUCACCUCCAUCAUCAGUUUGCCCCACCUAACCUGGACUGCUCGCCAAUCAGCAUGCUAAAUCACAGUGGCGUCGGCGCCUUCAGGCCUUUUGCCUCACCACCGGAAGAUCGCGACGGGGCGCCUGGUGGUUAUCAGUCUGCUUUCACCCCAGCCAAGCGCCUCAAAGGCUGCCUGGAUGCAGAGGCUUCACCUCACCUGCGGUACUCUGAUGCAGAGGGGAAAGAGUAUGACUUUGGUGGUUCCCAGAUCCCUCCUGGAGGCUCGCCGAGCAGCGCCUUGAAAGCAGUGGAGGACAGUGGGAAAAAGAUCUUCGCUGUGUCAGGCCUCCUGUCUGAUCGAGAGACUUCCUCCAGCCCUGAGGACCGCAUUGAGCGCUGUAAAAAGAAGAUGUCCCUGUAUGACAGCCAAGCUCCAAUCUGUCCCAUCUGCCAGGUGCUGCUCAGGCCCGGAGAGCUCCAGGAACACAUGGAAACAGAGAUAGAGCGGCUAGCUGCCAUAUGUCUCAGUAAGAACCCCUCACCCAAGGAUGGAGCAGCCACUCCAGGAACCCCCAAGUCACUGCUGUUGUCGGUGCACAUCAAGCGUGAGGGAGAGUCUCCCGUGGUCUCGCCCCUGUCCUCUGAAGACAUCCACCACUCCGACAGAUACCAGACAUUUUUACGAGUUCGGGCAAACAGGCAGACAAGAUUGAAUGCCCGUAUAGGGAAGAUGAAGAGGAGGAAGCCUGAGGAAGGGGGCCAGGUAUGUCCGCUGUGCAGCGCCCCAUUGGCUGGGAGCGAGGAGGAGAUGAGUAGACAUGUGGAACAAUGCCUGAUCCAGCGUGAGGGUGCCUUAGGCGAUGAUGACUCAGCCGACAUGGAUGGAGAGAACGGGCGGGGCUUUGAGGAGUAUGAGUGGGCGGGGCAGAAGAGGAUCAGAGCGACGGCUUUGUUGGAGGGAGGCUUCAGAGGAACAGGUUUUGCCACGUGUAGUAUCAAGGAGAGUGCGGCAGACAGUGACGCUGACCUCGAUGUGGACGGAGAUGACACCUUGGAGUACGGCAAGGCCCAGUACACCGAGGCCGAUAUCAUCCCCUGCUCUGGAGCUGGAGAGGACCAAGGAGAGGCCAGAGAGAGGGAGGCGCUACGGGGAGCCGUUCUCAACGGUGGGAUGCCUUCCAACAGAAUAACGCCUGAAUUCUCCAAAUGGGCCAGCGAUGAGAUGCCUUCAACGAGCAACGGAGAAAGCAGCAAGACAGACUCCAGCACUCCUUCAUCCUCCUCCUCUUCCUCAUGCGCCCCGCGCACCUGUAAAAACAGUGAGAUUGAAAAAGUAACAGAGGAGGAGUCCACAGCUACCACCAUGGAGGCUCUCAAGGCUCGAAUCAGAGAGCUGGAGAGGCAGAUACUGAGAGGAGACCGAUACAAGUGUCUCAUCUGCAUGAGGAAGCCUGCUAUCCAAUCAGGUGCGGAGAUCAAGAGUCUAGGGGUGUGGCCAGGGCCCCGGCCACUGGCCAAUGAGGUCGGAGAGAGGCAGCCUAAGUCCCUCCCCCUCGGCCUGUACUGCCUGUACAGGGGCCUUGUGAUUGGUGGCUACGGCAGCGGCAUAAAGAGGCUCCUCCCACAGCCCCUACGGAGGGACUCCUACACGAUGCCGCUCACCUCCAUCCAGUGCUGGCACGUCCAUUGUGAAGAAUGCUGGCUCAGGACUCUGGGGAACAAGAAGCUGUGCCCGCAGUGCAACACCAUCACCUCACCCGGAGACCUGAGGCGUGUCUACUUGUAAAGAGCACCUACCUACCCCACCUCCAACCACCCCCACCCCCCGCCGCGUCCUCCUCCUCGUCCUUCCAUUCCUCCUCUCAUCUUGGAUUUCAUCGUCCUCCCUGUCGAUCGUCAUUCGUUUUCUGUCUCUCUUAAUGGCCUGGUUCGGCUGCUCCAGACCCUCCCAAGAGCGUACAGAGAAAAGACUGCUGUCUUUGAGACUCCACUGACUCUUUCAGGAGGUUGAAACUGGAUGAAACUGAGACUGAGCAGCACUGACUGACUCUCUGGCUGGCUGCCUGGCCACCCGCGACAAAAACUAAUUAAAACAAGGGAUCCUGCAAUCCCACUGGUCAAAAGGCUUGUUUCCUCUGUACAUGUAACAUGGGGUGUCCACUGAAGGACUUGUAGUCAGUGAAGACCCCCAACACCCAGCUAGGCCCUGCUGAGACCUGGUAGCUUCAUGCAGCAGGAGCUGAAAGGAACAUCUUAAUACAGAAAAUGAAGACUUCUUUUUCCCCCCUCUAGCUCUUGUUUGACAUUUCGGUGGUGCUGAACAAUUGGCUCUACCCUGAAGACUCGGUAGAAAGCUUCUUUUUGUUUUUUGUUCCCUAUUCCAUAGAGAAAACUCUUAUCUACAUGCCCCUGUUGCUUAUGAGAAUUAAAAAAGGGCCUGUCUACUAAAACUGAGCUUUCAACCAAACUGAGAAUAACCUCACAACCUUGAAAAGGAGUUUGACACUCCUCCUCCACCUCCUCUUCUUCUUCUCCUCGCGAGCCCUUCCCUUCCCCUCUCCCCUUAUUCCCCCUUUUGUGGUGUUCUAGUGAAGUAAACCAAAAGUCCCCCCCCCUCCAAGAUGCAGUGCAAGCACAUGUAAUAUAGUUCUAUGUAUGUUUACAAUGUUGGGUGUAAAUGACAUAGAGUUCACUCUCUCACUCACACACACACACACACACACACACACAGAUGCAAACACAUGCACACAUGUUACCAUCAGCAGACACACACAGAAGUAUAUAUAUAAUAUCCAAGUCCUGUUUUUAGUUGGAAGGGUUUGGGAAUAACGUUUGGGGAAAAAAUGGCUGGAAAUAAAAGAAGCCUUCUGUAUUUUUAAAAAAAAAAGAUCAUUUGAAGAUCCGUUGAAGUUUUAUUUCACUGUACAGGAAUAAAAAAAUUUAAGUAAUAAUAAACUACUCAAGACUAGAUGGUCAAGAUUUAGCUGGUGUAAUUUUUCUGAAGAGUAUCCUGGAAGAAAAAAAAGCAAGGAAAGAUCUUUUUUUUUAGUUUUAUCGAAUGGUGAGAUUCCCAUGCUGCAAAUAAGCAGAACGAUGGAACUGCUCUUUAGUUGCUACAAUGUCCAACUGAGCCUCUUUUAACCUGCACCUCUGCUUCCUCUCAUUCGGAGUAACAUCAUUCUCAGAUCAUAGUCUAGAAAUGUUUUGUUUUACCCCCUACAUGUCUCAAAAGAAAGCUUUUUCCAUUGUUCCAUCAUAUUGCUAUGCUGCAAAAAGGUCCCAAAAUGGCAACCCUGAAGGGCAGGCUCUUUCUAGCUAUAACGGAUGAGGGAAUUCUCUGGAUUAGAAGGAUGGCCAAAGCUGAACUGGCAACCUCCAAAACCCGCAGCACCCCCCCCACCCCCCCCCUUUUACCUUUACGGCAGCAGCAGCAACCAAGGUGGUGGUGUGCUUUGUGUUUGUAAAACUAUGUAUUCUGUGACGUCUGUAUUGUUGUAAGAAAUGCUGAAAAAAAAUGAAAAAAUAAAACUUCUCAAAUACCAC